AGACAGGAACCCACGUGUUCCGCUGUGAGGGAAGCUCUUUGCUCCAAACCAGAAGCAUCUGAGGAUUUUAGUGUCUGUAUUCAUUGAAAAUCAUCAGCCCUAACAAAACCAGCUCGAUUUGGGACAUAUUUCAAAUAUGUCAUCCUUCAGGAAAGCCCUGAAGUCCCGGCAGAAAAACCACCAUGAAAGAUCUCAGCCUGGUUUCAGGAAACAUUUAGGAUUGCUGGAGAAGAAGAAGGACUACAAACUCCGUGCUGAUGACUACCACAAGAAACAAAACACUCUUACUGCUCUGCGAAAGAAAGCUCUGGAGAAGAACCCAGAUGAGUUUUAUCAUAAAAUGAUCAACGCCAAGCUGGAGGAUGGAGUUCAUAUCAUGAAGAAAGGACAGGAGGAGGUGAUGACAGAGGAGCAAAAGAAAAUGAUGAGGACUCAGGACAUUGGAUAUGUGGAGAUGAAGAGGGUUGCAGAAACUAAGAAAAUUGAGAGACUGAAGGGAGAGCUCCAUCUUCUGGAUGCAGAAGGAAAGCAGCGAAACAAACACACUUUUUUUGUGGAUUCCAAAAACGAAGUAGAGACAUUCGACCUGGCAAAUCACCUCAACGUACCUCCAGAGCUGCUGGACCGGGUUUACAACAGGCCGACUCUACAAACCCUGGAGACGAAGAGCAUCAAGGGUGCAGUGGAGCCUGGGAGCAUAAAGAAGCUUGCCAGGGAAAGAAAGCAUCAAUAUAGGAUUCUAUCUCAAAGGAUUGACAGAGAAAAGAAAAUGUUCAUAAUUAGCCAGAAAAUUCAGACCCGUAAGGACCUACAGGAGAAGACUAAGAAAGUCAAAGUUAAAAAGGAGACAGCAAAUUCUGCAGCUAUCUACAAGUUCGAGUCCAGAAGAAAACGAUGAGGAUGGACUGCAAGAGGAAAGAGGGAUUCAGGAAAAAUGAUAGAUUUUCUCUUAGAACAGAUCUAUAGGCCCAUUUUUUCCUUCAUUGUUAAGAGCAUGCUGUUUUGUACAUACUUAUCGAAGUUUAAAUGAAUAAAACAUUUAGCAAACAGGU